AUGAAGCUUUUCGAAGUAAUAUUUAUUGUGGUGGCAGUACUCGGUGGUAGUUCCCGUGCUAACAGUACUUUAAACCAUUGUUCUGAAAACAAUGAUGAUUCAAACAAGCUACUGAUAACUAAGGCGCAAAUGAAUUUCGCAUUGGAACUAUUGCGCUAUUCUUCGCAAGCUGAUGAAACCUCGCUAUUAUCGCCAUUUGCAAUCGCUUCCGUAAUGUCAUUAUUAUAUGAAGGAGCCAGAGGUGAAACUGAGCGUGAGAUGGGGAGGGUGCUUUCAGCAGAUCAACCAAAAAAUGCAUUUGGAGCUUACAUAGAGUGCGCUAUCAAAAAUAUUCACAAGCAAUCAAAGCGAAAUGAUUAUUCUUUGUACUAUUUAACCAAAUUUUUUGUGCAACAAAAUUCUUUGAAGUCUGAUUUUAAAGAUAUUACUCGUCGACGAUAUCCUUAUGAGUUGACACAAAUCAAUUUCGCUUCACCUCUGCAAGUGAAGAGUAUAAGAGAAAUAUUUAUUAAAUGGAUAAAGAAAAGUAUGAAUUAUGGAGCCCGUAAUAUCGCUAGCAUCACUUCCACUCAGUCAUUAAACUUAUUUAAUGGAAUACAUUUCACUGAUGAUUGGAUGUACGAAUUUCUUCCGCUCAAUCACAUAUUACCGUUCUAUUCACCACGGCUACGUGUAACUGAUAUGCCAAUGAUGGAAAGAACGGCCAAAUUUCCUUACUAUGAAAACCAACACAUGCAAGCGGUGUCGCUACCGUUCAAAGAUUCCGAAAUGCAAAUGUUAAUUAUUUUGCCCAAAAAAACCUUUGAUCUAGCAAAGUUUGAAGAUAAACUUACGGGAGAGGAACUAUUCAGUUAUAUUAGUGCACUUGACUCAUCUCACGAAAUUACCGUUACAAUUCCAAAAUUUAAGUACGAAAAUCAAAUAUGUUUGUUAAAUGGAUUGAAGAGGAUGGGAGUGCAAUCAAUGUUCCACGAAUCGAAUGAUUUUUCCGGCAUUUUUGAGCAGCGGUUAUUUACAAUGGAUGAUAUCAGAAAUCAUGCUUAUAUCAAAAUUGAUGAGAAAGGAAUCAAUAACGAAAAUUCAAGUAUGCCAGUAAGAAAUGAUAUGGUAAUGGAUAAAGGAGAAGCAUUUCGUGCUAAUCAUCCCUUCCUUUAUGCAAUCAUUGAUAACCACGGGACUGUACUAUGGAUUGGUCGUUUCACCGGAAAAAACAGAGAAACAAUUGUCGAAAACUCGGAUGACUCUAUGCAAUGUGAGGAAACACCGAAAAAAAGACAAAGGUUAUAA